CACGCACGCUUGAAGGAUUUAGGGUUCAAUCAAUCUAGGGUUUAUCAGACGGAAAGCAUUAUAUUGUUGGGGGUUACGGCAGUGAGUCUGCGUAGAAGGGUAGAAUAAUUUCACCGGAGAUUUAUAUCUCCCGCCAGCGAUUCUCAAACAUGGCUAGAGGGCUAAAGAAGCAUAUGAAGAGGCUCAAUGCUCCCAAGCAUUGGAUGCUUGACAAACUUGGUGGCGCUUUCGCUCCUAAACCAUCGUUUGGGCCUCAUAAAUCUAAGGAAUGCUUGCCGUUGAUCCUCAUACUGAGGAACCGGUUGAAGUAUGCCUUGACUUACCGUGAGGUUCAAUCUAUUUUUCUGCAACGACAUGUGAUUGUUGACAACAAGGUCAGGACCGACAAGACUUACCCUGCUGGUUUCAUGGAUGUUGUUUCUAUUCCCAAGACCAAUGAAAGCUUCCGUCUUCUUUAUGACACAAAGGGUAGAUUUAGACUGCACUCAAUCAGAGACGAGGAAUUAAAGUUUAAAUUGUGCAAGGUUCAUUCAGUUCAGUUUGGUUCAAAGGGAAUUACAUACAUCAACACCUAUGAUGAUCGAACCAUUCGUUACCCCGACCCACUCAUCAAAGCUAAUGACACCAUCAAGCUUGAUCUAGAAUCAAACAAGAUUGGAUUCAUCAAAUUUGAUGUUGGUAAUGUUGUUAUGGUAACUGGUGGACGAAACACUGGCCGAGUUGGAAUCCUUAAGAACCGGGAAAAACCUAAGGGCAGCUACAUGUAAAAAUUACCUGAUUAACAAUUGAAUAUGGUAUCGUUUUUUUAAUAUUUGACAACAAGAAGACAACCAUGCCGUCUUGAAGCCUUUCUGCCGUUAUACCAGGGUAUGUGCAGAUCCUUCAGCAACGUUCUGGUUUCAAAGGCAUUGACAAGAUUAAUCCAGAUGCUUGGCCUGCACUCAUAGCAUAUUUAUCAACAGACGAAAAUGGAAUUGUAAGCCUUUCAUUUGGCUUUGCCACCUGGCUGUUGGUUCUGCUCGGUCGAGUGUGGGAGACUCAGUUACGUUAUUAAGGUUUUGGUUACCCGCAGAGCACAAAAAGUUCCUGAUACACUUGUGGACACCAUAACUAAUCUUGACAUGAAGUGGGUUGUAGUUCAUGGCAACAUGCUUCAGAAGAAGAUAAGUCGUUGCUUGCUGAAGCUGCUGAUAUUUUUCAUGCGAGUGUUGCUUUUAUUCUACCAAUCAUCUUGUUAUCUUUUGUCUAUGUGGCGGAUUUGUUUUUGCAUUUAAUCUGCAAAUGAGCAUAAUUAGCAAGCAUUUACUCUGUGGGUUACAGGAUGGUUUCAAUCCGAUCAUCGAUUCGGUAACCGGAAAAGAUUUCAUUGAGUCUAUGACAUAUGGGCGGAGUUUGGGUUUGCAGCUCACUGGAGAUACAAAGAAGGAGACUGCAUGCAUUCCACAUUUGUGCUACAGAUGGUUGAAUGGGCCCGUUGGGUGGUGACCUGGCAGUGUGAGACAAUGAUGAAAGAGCAAUCGUCCAUUGGCUACACAGAUGACAUGAAACCACCCUGCAAAUUCCGUUUUCAUUCUGAAGAUUGCCCGCAUUCUUACAAACCUUCUUGUGGAUCUGAUGGACCCGUGUUUGUCAUCGUGAUCGAGAAUAACAAGCGGGAUUUCCCUACGUGAUGCGGCAGUUCGAUUGGAAUAGGUAGGUACUACAUCAUCAACGGCUAUGGAUCCUUUGCUCUCACUCGGAAAGAUUACAAAGGUAAUAUCUAUACUAUAUAUAUAAUGCAUAUCCGAACACUCGGAACCGGUAGGAUAUCUGUUUAUAUUUAGUUAUUUAGUUAAAUAAAUAAUAAAACGAACAUAAAACAUCUAUUGUAUAUACUCCUUGUAUCUCUUUAUGCCGAUGAAAUUGGAGUUCUAUCUCCUAAUCAGCAGCAGGUUGAUGGACUAUAUGCUGGUGAGGUAAGCAUACGUUUCAAUGAUACACUCCUGGUAUUCUGUAUACUUGUAAGUUAAUGACACAAUUACUAAAAGCUUAUGUCAUAACUUUAUUGUUUCACAAUAUUUUCAAUUACAUUUAGUCUGGAUCGACAUAUUCACAAGCUGUAAUCGCCACUUCCACUGUUGGGUUAAAACAGUGGAUGAAACCAAUGUUGGGUUAAAACUUAAAA